AUGGAGCCGCGCCCGCCGGCCUCUGCCCUUGCCGAGAAUCGCCCCUUCCGUGUCGAGUUCCGGAGCGCUUUGAACGGAGAUCUGCUCACUGAGCGGCAGCAGGAAGGACCAUGUCGCGUUGGCCACCUGCAGUGUCAGCUUGCCGCCAUGUUCUGCGAUGAAGUUCCCCCCACGUUGCUAUUCGAGGGCACUCCAUUGGCUUCGACGGACGUCCUUCGGGAAGAGGCUUCUUUGGGCGUGGUUCGCCGCACUUUGCCGGAAAGGUCUGCCUUUGCGUUGCAGGCGGCGCGCGCAGCUGUUUCCCGGGUGAGGUCAAGUCAACUGCAAGACCUGAAGUCGAUAGCUGUGCCAGCUCAGAUGAUGCUGGACGUGAUGGCUGCUAGCCUGAGCCUCCUCGAUCACAGAGAGCACUCCUGGCAUUCGAUCAAAAAGCUGUUGUCUGGAAGUGCUCUACCGUCAAGGCUCAUCGCCCUCCAGCCCCACGAAGUAAGCUUCGAGAGCCAGUUGGCAGUGCAGCAACUUGUGGAACAACGCGGCGACAGCUUUAGGCACGAGGUCAUCGCCAAGUACUCCAUAGCUCUUGCGCCCUUUGCUGCCUUGGUGAGGGCUUUCCGAGAGUGCUGGGCAGCCUGA